CUGAAGAUGCUGCAUGUCUUGAUUGGUUGUCUAGCUCUAGGAGUUGUCGCUCAUGGGCAACAAAAUCCAGGUUUCAUAAGCAUUGAUUGCGGGGCACCUAAUGAUUAUUAUGAUGAUAAGCUCGACAUAUACUACAAGGCCGAUGCGGGAUUUGUAGAUUCUGGAACAAACAUGCAGGUGUCUACCCUCUACCAAUCCAAAGACCAACAAUCAAAUACUCUCAGGGCUUUCCCCAACGGAACAAGGAAUUGUUACACAUUAAUGCCAGAUGCAGGGAAGGGCAACACAUAUUCAGUCAGGGCUAUUUUUUUUUAUGGGGAUUAUGAUGGCAAGAAUCAAACCCCGGCAUUUGACCUUCAUGUUGAUGGUAACUAUUUGUGCCCGGUGAAGUCUUCGUCCUGGACAUACAAAGAGAUUGUUUACACUCCUCCAAGAGAUUACAUUCAAGUUUGCCUGGUGAAUACCGGCUCGGGAGAUCCAUUCAUAUCGGCUCUCGAGUUGCGGUUGCUGGAUAACUCAACUUACCAGAUCAAUUCUGGUGCACUUGUAACCUAUGGGAAAUAUAAUUUAGGGAGCACAGACAGCUACAGGCAUCCACAAGAUGUGUAUGAUCGCUUCUGGACCGGUGAGACUUAUAGUGGAAGUCAGUCGUCAGUCAGCAACACGACGGCCAUCCUGACAAGUACAAGUAAUGAUGCCUAUAAAGUGCCGCCUGAAGUUUUGAUGACGGCCACACAAGUACAAAAUGUCACCGUUCCUUUGAAUCUGUUCGGGACUUCAGACAAUUCCACUACUGUCUGGUGUAUAUACUUUCACUUUGUGGAAUUGCAACUGCAAAAGGGCCUAUUCAGAGAACUUGCAGUAUAUGUACAAGAUGAAUUUGUGGAAACCGUCUUGCUUGAGAACCUAAAGCCAGUGACCAUAGCCUCAUUGCCCGUAAGUGGACGUGAUUUGAACUUGACUAUUAAUGCGACGGCCCGGUCUAGUCUGCCACCUCUCCUAAAUGCCGUCGAGUAUUUCAAUGUGGUCCAGCUUCCAAAUACACCGAUUUUUGUCGAUGACUUCAACGCCAUGUAUGACAUCAAGAAAACAUAUGGGGUGAUCAGAGCUAGCUGGCAGGGGGAUCCAUGCAUUCCUGCACAGUACUCAUGGAGCGGACUGAAUUGUAGCUCUGAUAGUUCUCCAAGAAUCGUCUCAUUGAACCUGAGCUCUAGUGGACUGAAAGGACUGAUAGCUACAUCAAUCUCUAAUUUGACAGCAGUUGUAUCCCUGGAUUUGUCCAACAAUUCGCUAACUGGGUCUGUUCCCGACUUUUUAGCACAAAUGCCGAGCUUGAAAGUUCUUAAUCUAAGUGGAAACAACUUGAAUGGCUCUGUUCCUCAAACCCUCUUGAAGAAGAAGGCAGAUGGCUCGGUGCUACUACGCAUAGAUGGAAAUCCAGAUCUUUGCCAAUCAGACAAUUGUCAGACCAGCAAUGUUAAGCCAAAGAAAAUUGCUCCAAUCACCGCUUCAGUUGCAGCUGUUCUGGUCUUUAUAUUGGGAGCUCUUGCAGUAUUGUGGAUAAUCAGAAGAAGACAGAUCCAAAAUGUUGCUGCUAUUACUACUCCCACCACUUCUGGAGGAUCUACUGGGAAAUUAAGGCUGUCAAAAAAUCGACCUUUUACAUCCACUGAGGUUACAAGAAUUACUGAUAAUUUUAGAGCAGUAAUUGGAGAGGGAGGAUUUGGGAAAGUCUACUUUGGCACACUUGAUGAUGGCACUCAAGUCGCGGUAAAAUUGUUAUCUCGUUCAUCAAAGCAAGGCUACAAGGAGUUCCACACAGAGGCGCAACUCCUAAUGGUCGUUCACCAUAAAAAUCUGGUUUCACUUAUUGGAUAUUGCGAAGAAUUGGAAAACGUGGCGCUGAUUUACGAAUUCAUGUCCAAUGGAAAUGUACAGCAACAUUUGUCAGCACGCAGCCCUAAUGUUUUGAGUUGGAGCCAGAGAUUACGAAUCGCAAUCGAUGCAGCUCAAGGGUUGGAGUACCUGCAUAAUGGCUGCAAACCUCCCAUUGUCCACAGAGAUUUAAAAACGCCCAAUAUUUUACUAAACGAAAAUAUGCAAGCAAAGAUUGCUGAUUUUGGAUUAUCGAAGGCAUUUCUAACAGAGCAUGAUUCUCAUAUUUCGACUUGCCCAGCGGGAACGCCUGGUUAUCUCGAUCCGGAGUUUCAUACAUCGGGAAACUUGAGGAAGAAGAGCGACGUGUACAGCUUUGGCAUAGUUUUAUUCGAGUUAAUCACUGGCCACCCCGCCGUUAUAAGAAGUCCAGAGGGCAGCAUACACAUACUUCUCUGGGUAACUCCACUUAUAGAAAGAGGGGACAUCCAAAGCAUUGUCGAUCCAAGGUUAAAUGGCCACUAUAACAUUGGUUCUGCAUGGAAAACAGUGGAAAUAGCCAUGUCGUGUGUGCCGACAACGGCGGUCCAAAGGCCGGACAUAAACCAUGUUCUGUCAGAACUAAAAGAAUGCUUGAUGGCAGAGAUGGGUUCAGGAAGAAGCCAAAGAAUGGGAACUAGUAAGAGCAGAAGUGAGUCUUCUGAGAUGGCAACAAGUGAGCUUGACAUUGCUCCGGAUGCGCGUUAACUAUACUCCAUACAUAAGGUUAUCAUGUUCAGAUUCCUUGUAUAAGUUGUGGAUUAUUUAUUGGAUCCUACAGAUUUGAAAACUUAAGUACACAGUCUAAGCUUGUGACCU